CCAGCCACUCCCCGCUCCCUUUCCCUCCGGAGCAGCCUGCAGGUAGUCUUGGAGACCGAGAAACCACCCCGGAUCCUGAUCCUGGGGAGAGAAAAUCCAUGGGGAGUGGAAUGAGCAAGGUUGUCACCGGCCUCUACCUGGGGAAUAUUCGUGACUCUGAGGACCACGAGAACCUGCUGAGGAAGGGGGUGACCCACAUCCUGUCCGUGCACAACCGCGCCGAGCCCGUGCUGGAGGACAUGACCUAUCUGUGUAUCUCGGCCUCGGAUUCAUCCAGUCAGAACCUGCUGCAGCAUUUUAAGGAGUGCAUCCAGUUCAUCCACGAGUGCCGGCUCGGAGGGGGAGGCUGCCUGGUGCACUGCCUGGCCGGGGUGUCCCGCAGCACCACGGUGCUGGUGGCCUACCUGAUGACAGUGACCGAGCUGGGCUGGGAGAGCUGCCUGGCUGCCACCAAGGCCGUGCGCUCCUACGCCAGCCCCAACCCCGGAUUCCAGCAGCAGCUGCGGGAAUACGAGAGCACGCUGCUCCCGGAGUACCGCGCCUGGAUCCGCCGGGAUUACGGCAGGAACCCCUUCCAGGACCAGGAGGAGCUGCAGCGCUUGCUGGGGAGCAGGGAUGGAUCCUGGCAGCGCUCCGCAGCUCCCACCUCCCCUCCUCCCUGCCCCGCGGGUGGCACCGGGGGUGGCAGCAGGUGGAUGGACGGAUAAGCUGCUCCCGGGCCGGCCUUGGCCCUGGGGCUUGGAAAACUCCGUUUUUCCCUUUGCCAAGCACCUCCAGGGAUUCAGGUCUAGGGCAGAAAUCCACCGGCACCAGCGUGGGCUGCGGGAUUGGAGCAGGGGGACGGGACUCACAGAGCCCCCAGCUCCGGGGAAGGGGUGACAGCGCCCAGCUCUGUCCCAUUCCCACAUUCCCAAUGGAUUACAGCCACUUUUCCACCCCGAGAGCAGCAGCUCUCUCCUCAUGACCAUAUCUGGGCUGGCAGGGCACGGGAAAGGUGAUCCAAGGUGGGAGGAGAUGGAGAGAGGCCACCUUGUCUGUCCCCUGCUUCCCUGGGGAAGGAGGGGUGAAUCCCGGGAUGUGGGGGUGCUGCUGAGCCUCGGCUGGCACCCAGUGGGGUGGGGAGAGGGGCCGCAGGUGUGUUUGGGGCUGCCCCUCGCUGUGCGUGGAGUUUCCCAGUCCUUGGCAUGUGAAUAUCUGGAAUUUUCCUUCUCCCAAUCCCGGGGAGGGGGGAAAUCCAGCGGUGCCAGAGGCUGCCUGUCCCACUGCCUCCAUCCCUGGAGCCACAGUGGGUUUGGGUUUUCCCCGAGCCCCGUCUGAACGUCCCUGCUCGCUGAAGAAGCCAAAAGCUUGGUUGGAUUCACUCAACCCAUGGACCAAUUUAACUCUGUCCCUCUCCAAAAGCCUUUUUAAUACCUAAAACCCGUGGCCAUGCCCAGCUUUUCAUCCCAAACUCGGAUUGUGCUUUUCCAGAGCUUUUUUUUUUGGCAGGAAUCCCGCCCCCCACCUGCCUUACAGGGAGGGUCCCAUCCCAUGGAUUCAGCCCUUCAACCCUUCCGUGCCAUCUCGGCCUUUUCCUCUAAAUUCCCCGUUUGUCCACCCAGAAACGUCUGUUCCGCAAUUCCUUCUCAGAAAGAGAUGGAAUUCAAAACAUUUCUAGGAAUUCUCUCGAUGGAGAUUUCUGGGUACUCAUCGUGUGACAGCACCGGGGGUGACUCGCCCAGCUGCUAAUAAAGAAGAGAGUGAUUAAAAUCACGAGGGUGCCUGGACCUGAUUUGUGGUGUUCCUGGUGGGAAUAAAGGCAUGGACUGAAACGACCGCCCUGCUUCCCGUUUUCUUGGUGGAGAAAAGGAUCCCUGUGGCUGUUGUUCCACAUGGAAGUGAUGGGAAAGCAAUAACCGAGACCGAGGCUGUUGCUGGGAUGUUGAUGGCGAACGGGAUCAAUGCUGGAUUUAAAAGCCUCUGUUCUCGUUUUAGGAAGCAGCAAAAAUGGAACUCGCACGCGGGACGAGAAAAGAGAAGGAGGCUGCCUAUGAAGCUGCAGAGCCAAAACGAAGCUGGGAAUGACGAAGUCAGCUCGCUCCACCGAAAUGAAUCUCCAGGUCUUUGGUUUCCAGAGGGGAUGGAGAGUUUGGUUGUGUGCAG